AUGGCACACGCUUUGAUCCUCGGCGCUUCCGGCAUCUCUGGCUGGUCGCUGCUCAACCAAGCUAGAACGUACCCCUCUGAAACUGCCUUUGCUCGUAUCACCGGCACGACAAACCGGCCCGCCACUCUUGAGCAGCUGCAGAUUCCAAGCGAUGAUCGCAUUCAAAUUGCAGAUGGCAUCAACUUGACAAAGAGCGCAGACGAAGUGGCUACCACACUCAAGGAGAAGGUUCCAGACAUUGCUACCGUGACGCACGUAUUCUUUACAGCAUACAUCCAGACGCACGAUCACGAGUCUCUCAAGGUGGCGAAUACCAACCUCCUCAAGGUUGCAGUGGAAGCCGUAGAAAAAGUGGCGGCAGACUUCAAAGUGCUCAUCCUGCAGACAGGAGGCAAAGGGUACGGCCUUGAAUUUCCAAAGGAUGUAAAGAUUCAGCCACCCCUGAAGGAGGAUUACCCUCGGAUCCCAGAGCCGUGGGCCAGCAAAAUCUUCUACUAUCCACAGUAUGACCUGCUCAAGGAUCUGUCACGGGGGAAGAAAUGGACUUUUACCGAAAUCCGCCCGGACGGAAUUGUAGGAUUUGCUCCAGGAUCGAAUGCGAUGAACAUGUCACAAGGUAUAGCGAUCUAUCUCAUCUUGUACAGGGAAGUCAAGGGUGUCGGAGCCACAGUCCCUUUCCCAGGCUACGAACACGGGUACCACUCCACCCACUCAGAUACAUUCCAAGAUAUUUUGUCCAGGAUGGAGAUCUUUGCUGCCCUUCAUCCCGAGAAGUGUGGCGAUGGCAGAGCCUUCAACAUCGCCGACGGGAAGACGGUAACCUGGGCCCAAGUGUGGCCGAAGCUUUGUGAGCAUUUCGGUCUGGUCGGCGGCAGCCCGGACGCCAAUGCUACACCUAUGCUAGAGUUCAUUGAACAGAACAAAGACGUAUGGCGAGAGGUCGCCCAGAGGAAUGGAUUGAAUGAGAAGCUUGUCGACGAGCAGGGAUGGGGCCACACUCACUUCAUGUUGGUAGAUUUCGACUUUGACAGGCAGUAUGAUCUUUCGGCCUCGCGCUCCGUCGGUUUUGACGAGGAGAUUGAUACAGCCGAGGGGUACUUACGGUCGUGGGAAAGGAUGAGGAAGGCGAAGCUCCUCCCAUCCCUGUAG